GGAGAGAGUGGGAAUUCCGCCCCACUCUCAGGGGGCGCUUUCACACCCAGGUUAGGCCUGGAGUUUGACGCGUUGAUGCUUGCCACGAUCUUACGAGGAAACGGGGCUCGGAUAAAUUCGGGGAAUUUACAUAGUAAAGAGUCUGCUCGCAGUGCCUCGCAUGCAUCUGGGAGAGCCUGGCCACACAAAUUAUGCCACCGCGUCAUGCUCAGGGAGCUUAGUCCCAGCUCUUGGGCCAGGUGUUGCUCAGAUGCUCAGACACGCGUGUGAUGGGAGUUGGUAGAGAAUCUGUGAACUCUUUCCCUGCACCCCUUCUUCCAUCUUACCUAUCUCUUUAAGCCAGCCCCUCCAAUCAGAUAGGUGGGCCAAGCCAGAUUCAUGGGAGUCAUGCCUGACUUGUUUUUCUCUUAUCCCAAAACCGCCACAUUCAGUCAGUCCAUUACUAAGCCCCAAUCACCUCGACUUACAAAACAUCUCAACUCGGAGCACUUGUCUUCAGCUGCCAGCCUUGGUUACUGUAAUGGUCUCCUGUUUCCACGGUCAUUCAUUCCGCAUUUACUGAGUGCCAGUUAUGUGUGGGCACCAUGCUAGGUGCUAGGGUUAGAGCGGUGAACAAGAAGGUAGUUGGGGCCUUGCCCUUUCUUGUUCCCUCCAAUCCGUUCUCCAGGCUAAGCAAGAAUGAUCUAAGUCUGAUUUUGUUGGUUUGCUGAGAACUCUCUGGCUGCCCAUUACCCUUCUGAUAAAAUCCAAGCUCAUUACUGUGUCUUUCAGAGCCUUCCGUGAUCCAGCUGUUGCCUCCCUGUCUAGCCUCAUUCUGUUCCCUUCUCUUGCUCAGUCUCAGUUCUCGGAAUGCAUCAAAUUUCCUGUUGCCUCAGGAUCUUCAUCUGAACUAUGUGUCUUCAGGGCGGGCACCGUGUUGCAUUCAUCUUUGUACCCCCAGCAUCUAGCAGUGUUGGCAUGUAGUAGGCACUCAAGAAAUGUGUGUUGAAUGAACGAUGCCUGUGACAAGUAAGCGGACUUUAUUCUUUCCUGACCCUUGCUCCUAUGACACACCUCCUCCUGACUGCCACUGUCACUCCUUCAGAGCAGAACUCCUCUAGGAAGUCUGGAUGGGAAACAGCCAUGGCCAAGGACAUCCUGGGUGAAGCAGGGCUGCACUUUGAUGAACUGAACAAGCUGCGGGUGUUGGACCCAGAGGUUACCCAGCAGACCAUAGAGCUGAAGGAAGAGUGCAAAGACUUUGUGGACAAAAUUGGCCAGUUUCAGAAAAUAGUUGGUGGUUUAAUUGAGCUUGUUGAUCAACUUGCAAAAGAAGCAGAAAAUGAAAAGAUGAAGGCCAUCGGUGCUCGGAACUUGCUCAAAUCUAUAGCAAAGCAGAGAGAAGCUCAACAGCAGCAACUUCAAGCACUAAUAGCAGAAAAGAAAAUGCAGCUAGAAAGGUAUCGGGUUGAAUAUGAAGCUUUGUGUAAAGUAGAAGCAGAACAAAAUGAAUUUAUUGACCAAUUUAUUUUUCAGAAAUGAACUGAAAAUUUCACUUUUAUAGUAGGAAGGCAAAACAAAAAAAGCCCCUCAAAACCAAAAAAACCUCUGUAGCAUUCCAGCGGCUUGACCAAUGACCUGUCACAAGAGGUGGCGUGUAAGGAACGCAGCCCCCUGAAGACAGCACUACAAGUCUGGGGGAGCCAGUUUUAAACAUCAGUGCACAGCUGCUGCUGGUGGCCCUACAGUGUACGUUCUCACUUCUUAUGCUUAAUUGGAACUAAGCAGUUUGUAAACUUUCAUCCUUUUUUUGUAAAUUCACAAAGCUUUGGAAGGAGAAUACAUUUUUGUUUUCAAA